AUGCAUAGCAAUCGCCGCAGUCAGCUCCGUCAAACCAGACUGCUCCUAACACUGUCAGGCCGAACGCCUCCGACCACUGUAGCCACCAUCUCCUUCGUCAAUUGCAGAACCUCCACGCGCACUCGACAGCAACUCCACACAAAUCGCGAUACCCCGACGACACGAUCCAACCAACUGCGACCAGAAAGCUCUAAUAUUCGCCGCUGCCACGAAAACGGCGAAUCAACCUCAUCGUGUCGCGAUCAACCACCACCAGCUUCGCCGUUUGAGUCGCUGAUUGUACUCACGAUCCGAAGCCCUUCAUUUCGACGUCAUAGCCAUCUCGCCUGCGAAACAAUUGUGAGAGAAGAAGAGCUUGAAAACAGACGAACUCGUGAGGAAGAUGUAGCAGAUCUGUUUUGA